UAAUUAAGUCCUGUUUUGUUUUGAAAAGCUUCAUUUUAAAUGUUUGAAACAAUAAAUGUUUUGUUAACAAUGUAAACAAAGUUGAUAUAUGUAUUAUGUAGAUAUUCACAUGUUGAAUAUGUUUCUUGGUUCGCACACAACUGAUAGGAAGUGAUACAAAGAAAUGUCAACGUGUAAUGUAAUUUACAUUUUUUAUCUAUACCGCUGCUCUUUUUUAUAAAAAUGCAAAGAAAGAUAAGAUGAUUCGUUAGGAUCUAUUGUUAAUAAUUUGUGUGUACAAAAACUACAGUUAUGAAUAAACCACAGCAACGAAACAAUCAAGCUUUAAAAUAUAUUAGUUUAAUUACCCUUACUCUACAAAAUGCCAUAGUUGGACUUAGUAUGCGAUAUGCACGUACAAGAUCAGGAGACAUGUUUCUUUCAUCAACUGCUGUUGUUAUGGCAGAGGUUGUUAAGCUUGUAACAUGUUUAAUAUUGGUUCUUCUAGAAGAAGGAAACUUGCAAAAAUUUUUUUAUUCUUUAGAAUCAUCAAUUGUUAAACAACCUAUUGAUACUUUAAAAGUAUGUGUGCCAUCGCUUCUGUAUAUUAUACAAAACAACCUUUUAUACGUAUCAGCAUCUAAUUUAGAUGCAGCAACUUAUCAGGUGACAUACCAACUAAAAAUUUUAACAACAGCUUUUUUCGCUGUAGUGAUACUGAAAAGGUCGUUAAGAAAUACUCAGUGGGGAGCUUUAGUAUUAUUAAUAAUAGGAGUGGUGCUGGUACAACUAGCACAAAGCUCAGAAACUACUUUACCGUCCGGUAUAGAACAAAAUCAUUUAAUUGGAUUUUCAGCUGCUUUAAGUGCGUGCUUUUUAUCGGGUUUUGCAGGGGUAUACUUUGAAAAAAUAUUAAAAGACUCAAAUAAAUCUGUAUGGAUGAGAAAUGUACAGUUAAGUCUUCUGUCAUUACCUUUUGGAUUAAUGACAUGUUUCAUAAAUGAUGGUGCAACACUGAAGAAACAAGGUUUUUUCUUUGGUUACGAUUUGUUUGUUUAUUAUUUAGUUGUACUUCAAGCAGGUGGAGGUCUUAUCGUUGCCAUGGUAGUUAAAUAUGCUGAUAAUAUACUUAAAGGUUUUGCUACAUCUUUAGCUAUUAUAAUUUCUUGUAUAGCAUCUAUAUAUCUUUUUGAUUUCAAGUUAACUUUACAGUUUUCUUUAGGUGCCGUUUUAGUAAUAUGUUCGAUUUUUAUGUACGGAUAUCAGCCAAAAUCAACGUUUACAGAUACACAUUCUCCUACCAAUAAGGACACUACAAAGGAACAAUCUCCCACCAUCUGCCUGGUUUACUCUUGUUCUUUACAUUCAAAAGAAGAAGUGGGUAAUCUUCUAUUGUCAUGUGUUCAACUUCCAGGACCGAAAGUGUGUGGUGGGAGAUGUUUCUCUACACACUUCCCCUUAACCGAAGGAAACCAAUGUUUCAUGAGAUUAUUUAACAAUUACAAACAAAAUAACAUGAUCGAUUUAAAGAAAUUCAUAUUGCAGUAUGAUAAAAUUUAAUAUUAAAUAAAUGAAUGUUUACAUAUAGUUAAAAAAAAUUAUGUAAUAAAUGGCAGUACUGGAGGGAAAUGAGACGAUAAUUUCAUAUAAGUUGGUAAUCCUGUAAAAUAUCGUGAGUGCUGAUCGUUCCAGCAUAAGAAACAGGAAUUGCGAUCUACGGCCGGUAU